AUGCAACAGAACAUGACAGUGGCUCCUGGAGCUAUGAUUUACAGUGCACCUGAGGCGCUUACACCACAGCAAACAGUCAAGGUUAGUUCUCAUUGAAAAAAUAAAGGAUUCAAGGCUGUCUAAGUAACACCUUGUAAACACCAGGGCCGGGUUGUUAAACGCUGAGUUAAGCGGAUAACCAAGGUUAGCGCGAAAUUUGAAUUCAGAUCAUGAUGAAAGCUUAAAAAGUAAAUUCAGUUUAACACUUUCUGUCAACAAGUUGAUGAUUGGAUUCAUUAAAAAUAACAGAGAAAAUUAUCCGAGAAUGCUUUCGAACCAAAGAACAAGAAACCUGGGUUAAAUUUAACCCUGGGUUAAGCGCUAAUCGUCCUUCGAACAACUGGGCCCAGGUGGGGUCGUAAUCACCCAAAGGUCGGUCAUCUUUAUUGGCCUGGUUGUAAUGUAAACUACUUUAUACCUGAUGCAUGCAAAAGAGCACUAAUGAGAGCUAUUCAGCUAUUCUUCCUUCAAACCAUUAUUGAUAUCUGAAACUUUUAUUGAGUGCAUAAAGUAGCUAUAGGCCAAUGGAAAACAAAACUGGCAUGCUAAUACAUACAACGUGCUAGAACACUCGUCAAAGACUUUGAAGGACGAUUGAUUUCUGGCGAAAUAGCCGUAGGCAGUUACAGUUUUAUACAAUGGAGAAAAAUCACUUCUGUUAGCUCUUUAGGUACUUCUUUUAUAUAUUACAGUCAAUUUGGACCGAAAUGACUGAUUUCCUUUUAAUCUCCAUUUCGCUGACACCGCUUUAGCAGAAAUCUCUCAUUAGUCAUUUUCGUCGACAAAACGAAUAGCAAUAUCGCUCUCCGAGUCUUCCGCCUUUUUUUCUGCGUCAAUUCGUGAAGGACGCGUGGCUCUGACGGUGGGUCAUCCACGCGGAACACAUUCGCGCUAUGUGAUUGGCUGUUGUCUAAUCCCCCUUGGGAUCUGUGUGUCUUAAAAAUAACUCGAGACGAAUUACCUAUGGAAUAGGGUGUGUAUGGAGGAUGCCUUCUCUGUCCCCUUUAUCCUCUCUUGCAUCAAGCGGUUAUUUUUAUGUGGUUGAGUAAGAUUUUUGCGGCCAAGCAUGCUUUGUUUUUGUUUGUUUGUUUUUCCAUGGAAAACGUAACCCUCUGUCAAAACGAGUAAACAAGCGCGGCUCGACACGGCGAACAAGCAUCAAAACUUAAUGAUUAAGAAUACCGACAUGAUCUUGACCCAGCAGCUUUUCUCGUCCGUGUAACCUGGCAAAAAAUAUUUAUUCUGGCUUAAUUUACGUAGUAGCAGAGAAUUCAAACACCCAUAGAACUGUAUAUUACAUGUAAUUUUCAUAUCAUUUUCUUUUGACGCCAGAUUGAUGUUUACAGCUUUGGUGUUCUUCUUCUAUGUGAAAUGUGCAUCCGGGAACUUCCAGAUCCUAGUAGGCGUGAAGUACAAGUCUCGCUUGGGACGAACACUGAGUUUAGGGGCCUGGUACGGAGAUGCCUUCAGAAGACUCCGAGCAUGAGACCAACCAUGCAAGAGAUUAUCGACGAGGAGAAAAAUCUCACUUACUUUCCAUCUUAA